ACAUGGAUGUUUAGGGGUUAUAAGGAGAGAUUUUGUCCCAGUUGGUUUUAGACCUAGAGAACUGGCCAGACUGAGUAAAUACACUGCAAUAUUUGAGGGAGAGACUUGCAUGCAUGAACUUUUGUGUGUGUGAGCCUUGUACGUUAAUAAUAGGUGAUAUUUAGGGGUCUACGCUGAAAAGUAAAAAUGUAAAAUACGGAUAUAAUGACUACGUAAACACGACGAAAUAACGUUUCGAAGUGAAAUCAAUUAAACAGACAUCUUAUUAGUCAAACAAUCAAGUACUCAAACGUCCACUUCUACUGUUGUGCCCUUUGCGUUGUUAAUAUAGUUGGAAAUUUUGCGACAAUCCCUUUACGGCUAGUUUACGCCCUUUACCCCCUGUUUACGACAUUACCGUAACGCGCUUUCCGAGUAUGUUGAAAGCAGUUAUUGCAGGUCGGUACGCGUUUCAGAAGAUAAGUAUCACUCUCAGAUGUUCACGUUCACGGCAAUUUGUCAACAUGUCAUCGUGUCAAACCGUUCGCAAAGUCCCAGCUACGCUUCUAGGCUCCAUGGCGUUCGGGGGGCGCGCAGACGCGGACACGAGCGCCAAGAUGGUAAAGGCGUUUUUGGAGCGCGGGCACGAUGAGCUGGACACCGCGUUCAUGUACACUGACGGGAACGCGGAGACGAUCAUCGGGGCAAUGCAACUUCCUCAGACGGUUCGCGUGGCCACCAAAGCGAACCCCUGGGAUGGUAAGACGUUGAAACCCGAGAGCGUGCGCUCUCAGUUAGAGACGUCGCUCAAGAGGCUGCGCGCUCAAAGCGUCGACAUCUUCUACUUGCACGCUCCAGACCAUGAGAACCCCGUUGAGGACACGCUGAGAACUUGCAAUGAUCUGCACAAAGAGGGAAAGUUUAAAGAGCUCGGCUUAUCAAACUACGCCUCGUGGGAAGUGGCUGAAAUCUACUGCAUCUGCAAACACAACAGCUGGGUCCUUCCUACCGUCUACCAGGGCAUGUACAACGCUACCACGCGACAAGUGGAGACGGAACUGCUGCCGUGUCUGCGAUACUUCGGCAUACGUUUCUACGCGUACAAUCCCCUGGCAGGAGGCCUGCUUACGGGGAAAUACCAUUAUGAGGAUAAAGACGGCGCUCAGCCCGCAGGACGCUUCUUUGGAAAUAAGUGGGCUGCUGUCUACAGAGACAGGUUUUGGAAAGAGAGCCAUUUCCACGCUAUAGACGGCGUCCUGAAGGCCCUCAACGCAGCGUACGGUUCAGAGAAGCCGGGCUUAACCUCGGCCGCUAUACGCUGGAUGUAUCAUCACUCUCAGCUCAAGGCUGAGCUCGGAGACGCCGUGAUCGUCGGGAUGUCCACCAUGGAGCAGCUUCAGGAGAACUUAGCAGCAGCUGAAGAAGGUCCUCUAAAGCAGGAAGUGGUGGAUGCCUUCAAGCGCGGCUGGGAUUUAGUGGCUCACGAGUGUCCUAACUACUUCCGCUAGACGCACAGCGGACUCGCACUCGCCUUUAAUUACAGCUGAAAAUGAAGGAGGAUCUACUAUAAUGUUAAUUUCCCCAGAAAUAUAUUGUACGAAGUUAUCACUUUGUUCAGACUUGCCCAGAAAUAACUUUGAUUCCAUCCAUGUGAAUAAUUCAAGCUAAACUUUGACUUUUGUAAUUUAGCACUUAUUUUUGAUACUCUAACGAUAAAUAAAUAUCACUGGUGAACAUUCA